UACUAAGUAUUUUUCACUCAAGUUUAAUUGAGCUUUCAAAAUUUAUCUGUUCUAUUAAAUGUUUAUAAUUUAUGUUGUGCUUUAUUAUGUUUAAUAAUUAAUAGUAAAAAUAAAAAAUAUCAUCAUUGUUCUGAAUGUAUCAACUAUGAUUAUAUAAAAUUUUUUUGCUCAUUCUAUUUGAUAUUUCACUAUAGAAAAUUUCAGUAAUUAAAAUAGCAAAAUUCUAAUUCAAAAAUAAUUCAUAAAUAUAAUAAAUAAUGUCUCUUCAAUCUUUGGAUUACUUACUACAACAAACUAAGGAUCAUGAAAAAAAAAAUAUUUCCAAAAGUAAUAAUAAAAUUGAUUUGCAAACACCAUUUGGUUUGAAUGAUUUAAUGUUUGAUGAUACUGAAGUAUAUUCUUGUGAUCAACAUUUAACAUCAAAUGUAUUUCAAUUAGAAUCACAAAACACAGAUGAGUGCUCUAAUAUAUCUGACUAUAUAAAUAAACAUUUAUCGUUAUUAACAACAAAUAAUUGUAAGCUCAACAAUAGUGAAACCAUGAUAAGCAGUGAAACAAAAAAAAAACCUAAUGAAAAUUUAAAAAUUAUUACCUCAAAUAUACCAUUAAAAAUUAAACAGUCUCAUUUCAUUAAAAAACAUGGCUUGUUUAGCACAAAACCAUUAUCAAAGAUGCGCUUAUCUCCUCUACAAAAAAAAGAUUCUGGUUGUAGUAUCAUAAUGGGCCAUAUUUAUCCUAUUUCAAAAUCAAACUCUAUGAAUGAAUAUCUUUCUAAUGUUUUGAUUGAUACACGAUCACGUGGAUUUAAAUUUAACACUCCUGCACCUGAUGAACUUGUUCUGUCAUGGAUGGAUAUUGUUAGACAGAUGCCUAACAAAUAAUUAAAAUCAAUAUAACAAAUUAUUUUACUAAUUCUAUUGAUUAAAUAUUAAAUAAUAUAAAGAAACAUAACUUAAAAAAUAGUGAAACAUGGUUGAAUCACUAAGUGGUUUAAAUAAUACCAUUUAUGAUUUAUCUGCUGAAUAUUAACUUUUGAAAUUUGAAGUAAUUUAAAUAAAUUUUAUCAAUAGGCUGUGAAAUUAUGACUUGAUUUUGAAAUCAAAGAUUUUUAUUUUUUCAAAAUUAUAUUACAUAGGAGAAGCUAAACUAUUUAUUUCCUCAUUUAUAAAUUAAAUACAUAUUUAUUUUUUAAUUUAUGCUUCAGUACGAUAUGCAUGUACUUGGUUAAAUUUUACAUGUGUAAUUAUUGACAAAAGAUUUUAUUAUCACAUCUUACUUAUUAUUAAUAAUAUAUAAUAACACAAAUUUUUAACUCCGUACAGAUAAAAUUUAUAUUUAUUUUAAUUUUACUUUAAAUAAU